AUGACUAGAAAGAAAACUUGCAGUGUGCAGUUCAACCCAAGGAACACAAUAGUUACAUACUCGGAUGACGACACAAUAGAAAUACUUCCACUGAAACUUGAUGGGCAACGAAAAACCGUUAAUAACAUUGCAACGUCGGGAGGAUUACGAUUAAAAUCUAUAUUGAGAAACUUUCCAGAGAGUAGUGUUUCAAAGACAGGUAUGCAAGACUGUGGUAUAUUUGAUACUACAGAGAAAGCUCAGGCCGAGACUAGAAGAGUGGACACUACCCAAAUGGAAUAUUAUCAGACAGAGACAGAUAGAAAUGAAGAGCUAGAAGCGCUGAGACUGCUGAUAAGUAGAUGCUUUACAUUAUGUAAUAUGGAUCUUGAAGUUCCAACGGAUUUGGAUUACGAUAGCGUAUGCAAGAUGUUUUCACUUUUAUCUCGAGCCAUUCCACAAAAUUUCAAGGAGCGAACACAAGAAGUUAAGCGCCGUUUGGACGAACAACAAAUUGCUUCGAACCGAGAACACAUAAGGCUGUUGAGUAUGCUUAAGGAGGAAAAUGGGCGGCUAAGAAAGCUUCUAGGAUAUUUUGCACAUCAAGAAGAGAAAAGGCGGGGGAUCAAACCAAUCCAGGAAUCCAUCCGUAUGCUAAUCGAAGAUAGUGUUAGUAAACAAGAAAUGGAGUUGGAGUUAUCUCUAUUAAAAGAACAGUACGAAGAGCAAAAGGUUAAGUAUCUGAAAUUAAAGGAGUCUAGUUUAAUCCCAUCUAUAAAUGUAGCCAAAGAGAUCGAUCACACCGAGAGGAACUACGUAAACAUUAAAAGAGAGAGGGAGUUGAAUGAAAUAGUAGAAAGACAACAAAAUAACAUUCAAGAAUUAGAAUCCAAAUGCUGUAUAUUAAUCAAUGAACGCUCAUCCGUUCAAAACCAAGUUAAUAAAUUAAGAAGAGAACUAAGAGAAGCUAAGCUGCUGCUGAGUGUACAAAAGGACAAGCGCUAG